AUGGACAGCGACCAGGUGACUUCAUCAGAAACCUCGAUAAACUAUUCAUCGAACAGCGAAAAUUGUCGAAAUGUCGACGAUCAGUAUAGAAACCUGCCGGAUGACGACGAACACCAGGAACGAGAGAGAAGCAAUCCCGAAUUGAUACUAAAUCUACACAACGUGCAUCCUAUUUGCGACCCAGCCUCUGAAAACGAGGAUUCGGUAGAAAAACUUUCAGCUGUUCUCGAACAACCCGAAGAUUCGUCGACGAUUGUAGAAAGCAUUCAAUCGUUGAUGAACAACGGCGAGAGCAAAAGUUUACACCACAUCCUUCGGCAACGAAUAGAGUCGCUUCACGAGAUCCUGAAGAGUCUCAAGGAUUCGUUGCGGACCGAGGUAGAGCUGUGGCGAAAGGAGAGAGAGGAGCUGCAAUUAUUGCGCGAGAAGGAUAACGCCUUAGCUUUAUGCGAAGCAACUGCAGCCGCGCGUGCAGCGGCAGCCGCUUACGCCGCGGAAUCGCCGUUGUCCAAUAAUUUGGGAGAUGCCCUGGAUUUGAAUCCCGAGGACACGUUCACGGAGCUUACGAUACUCGAGUACGAGAAAAGGUUGGCUAAGUAUCAAGACAUGCACACUUAUAAUCAAGCGGAGAUGCGUUACAACGCUUGCUGGAAGUCGAUCGCGAACAUAUACAAGCAGAAAUUGCUGGACAUCGAGCGACUUUGCAACGAAGAGUUAGAGAAGGUUCAACAGAACGCGAGCACGCUUCAGCCGCUGAAGGAAAUGGUAUCGCAAUGGUACCUCGACGAUAAGAGUCGCGGUGAUACCAUCAAGGCUAACGAAAUGUUUGCCAACACGACUAGGAUUGUUUUUGUUAACGAAGAUGCGUAUUCUGGCCGUCAAUUUCGAAAGAUCGACGAAGAAGCGAAUGCUAAGAUAUUUGUUGACGAAUUUAAAUCUGGGGAUUUGGUGAACGGAGAUAGAUAUUAUAAGCAGUUUUAA